CUGCACAGUUUAGGUGCUCGUAGCUAAGGGGAGCUGCACAUCACUGACUCCUAUCUCCCCCACCAACCAUGCGACACAGAGAACAGAUAAUAUGGGGACUUCUCCUAAGCUCCUUGCUACCAAUGGUCCACAGCACAAAUGUGUUUCUGACCAGCCAGCAGGCUAAGUCAGUGCUCUCCCGCCCACGCAGAGCCAACAGUGCCCUGGAGGAGUUAAGGAAGGGGAAUAUGGAACGGGAGUGUAUAGAGGAGAUCUGCAACUAUGAAGAGGCCCGAGAGAUCAAGGAGAAUCCGGCUGAAACGGACCUUUUCUGGGCCACUUACAGAGCUUGUGACCCAUGGGAGAAGAAGCCGAGGCAGCAGCUGGAACAGUGUAUUAAAGGUGACUGUAUUGUGGGUGUCGGAACUGGAGCAUCAUACAGAGGGAACAUCAGUGUAACUAAAUCUGGCAGAGGAUGCCAGUAUUGGUCUAGCAACUUCCCUCACAAGACUAGGAUUAAUCCUAAAACACAUGCUAAUGCCAGCCUGACCGAAAACUUUUGCAGAAAUCCAGAUAACAACCCAUUAGGGCCAUGGUGUUACACUCGGGACCCUACUAAGCGAUAUGAGGAGUGUGUGGUUCCCGUUUGUGGCAAAAACUUAUCCUUAGUCGUGGAAGUUAUCCAACACGUGGAACAAUCUGCCAAGAAGGAGGAACCGUGUGAAAAGGACCGUGGCUUGGGAUAUGAGGGAACUUUAGCGGUCACAGUGUCUGGCCUUCCUUGUCUUAACUGGAACUCCCCUCAAGCACUUCAGCUUGGCAGUCGGAAAGACUUCCUGCCAGAGGUGGAACUGAAGAAUAACUACUGCCGAAACCCAGAUGAAGACGAUGAAGGUGUUUGGUGCUACGUUAACCACCCAAAUAUUACAUUCGAGUACUGCCCUCUGAAAUACUGUGAUAGCCCUAUAGAUGAAGAAGAAAUUGAAGGUCAAACUGGAAGGACGGAUGCUGAGCAACAUCAAACAUUUUUUAAUGUGAAUACGUUUGGGUCAGGAGAAGCAGUGUGUGGUCAGCGGCCUCUAUUUGAACUGAAGAAGAAGGAGGACAAGAGUGAACAGGAGCUGUUGGAUUCAUAUAUCGCUGGUAGAAUUGUCAAGGGAGAGAAUGCAGAGCAAGGAAGCGCACCAUGGCAGGUGAUGCUGUUUAAGAAGAGUCCCCAGGAGCUGUUGUGUGGGGCCAGUCUGAUUAGUGACCGCUGGGUGCUGACGGCUGCUCACUGCAUUUUCUAUCCUCCUUGGGAUAAAAACUACACUGUUGACGAUAUCCUGGUGCGAAUAGGCAAACACUUCCGUGCAAAGUAUGAGAAGACAACUGAGAAAAUUCUGCAGCUUGAGCGCAUUAUUGUUCAUCCUAAGUACAACUGGAAGGAAAACCUGGACAGGGAUAUUGCACUAAUGCAGCUGAAAAGACCCGUAGCAUUUAGUAACUAUAUCCAUCCCGUGUGUCUCCCAACUAAAGACACUGUGCAAAAGCUAAUGGUGAAUGGAUUUAAAGGCCGUGUUUCAGGCUGGGGGAAUCUUUAUGAGACAUGGAGCAGUGGUGGACAAUCCCUUCCACAGAGUCUGCAGCAAAUAAAUCUUCCCAUUGUGAGCCAGGAAACCUGCAAAUCUUCCACCAAGAUCAAAGUGACAGACAAUAUGUUCUGUGCAGGUUACAGCCCUGAUGCAGAUAAGAGAGGAGAUGCGUGUGAGGGGGACAGCGGGGGCCCCUUUGUUAUGAAGGACCCAGCCUCUGGACGAUGGUACCAAGUGGGUAUAGUGUCCUGGGGUGAAGGCUGUGAUCGCGAUGGGAAGUAUGGUUUCUAUGUACAUGUGCAUCGUAUGAGGAAGUGGCUAAUGAAAACAAUAGAGAGCACUGGCAGUUAGGAGAAAUCUGAAAAUAGUCAAGUAUGAAACGUGUUUGUAAAGAUAGAUUUAACUAGAACAUUAUCAUACCUGGCUGCUUAAAAGGAAUUCUGAUACACAAAACAAAGACAGUGAUUUUUCUAUACAUAUUUGUAAAAUUAAGGUUUCAUUUCCUUAGAAUGUGAAAUCAUACAAAGGGCCCUAUAUUAAUGUGUGAAUGUUUUUUUCCCUUUGAGGGAAAUCAAUUAAAUUCCUAUUUACUAACUUGUGGAGACUAAAUAGGCUUUAAAAACUAAAAUACAAACGGGAGAGGUUUCUAGCUGGAUCCAUCUAUGGCACAAGUCAUACGUUGUUUGUUGAAUAUUAAAUUCCAAUAAAGUUUUUAAAAAAUGA